UGCCACACGAUCCCGUUAGUCGCCUGUUACGACAAGCAUGGGUUACUGAAGAUCAAUUCUAACCCGGAUCUUCACUGGUACACAGAUAAAGGAAGACAUGUCUUGUCCAUGUCGUCUUUUGAUUAUUGUUGUUUCCCUCUAGAAAACACCGCAGCUGUAGCUGCAGCAGCUGGAGGAGCAGUUGCAGCUGUCUUGGUCGUCGCUGUCCUUGUGGUAGUCAUCAUCUUAUGGAGACGGCGAGGACAGAAGCACGACAGGCCCGUGCUGCCCCUAGAACGUCUGGUUGACAUGAAAGACAUUGAAGGUAAGUAUGAUAUGGGGAGGGCCAGUGCCGAACCACCAUCGGUGUAUGAAGCUGUGGCUGAGGCUGAGACUGAGGACGAGGAUGCCAUGUACUCCGAUGAGGCUGACGUGGACGUAGACAACGAGGCUGACGCCACCUACUACAACUGGGUACCACCACACAUGCCGCUGGAUAAACUGCAACAGUGUAUACAUGAGAAGCGGAAGAAAGCUUCUUUUGAAACAGAAUUUAAGGCUAUCCCAUAUGGUGUAAGACGGCCACACAAGGUUGGGAAAAGACCCGAGAACAAGAAGAAGAACCGGUUUAUUCAUUUAUAUCCGUAUGAUGACACACGGGUGGUGUUAACCGGUGACGAGCAUUACAUUAAUGCCAAUUAUAUCACGGGACAUAAUGGGACGCCGAAGUACAUAGCAACUCAAGGGCCGCGGCCGGUGACGGUGGCGGAUUUCUGGCGAACUGUGUGGCAGGAGAAGGUGGAGCAGAUAGUGAUGCUGACGAGGCUGAUGGAGAAGAAUAAGAAAAAAUGUGAACAUUACUGGCCCGACGUGAACCAACAUCAGACUUAUGGAAAUGUCAAGGUCACUAACAAGGCUGUGGUAUCUAGAGCGGAUUACACGAUCUCGACCUUCCUGGUAACACAGGCUACUGACGAGAGGACUGUGACUCACUACCACUUCACAUCUUGGCCUGACCACGGAGUCCCUUCACCUCCUGCCCUCGUCAACUUCUGGAGACUGGUUAAACUACAGGACAAGGGACCCAUGGUGGUGCACUGCAGCGCUGGUGUAGGUCGGACAGGAGCCUUCAUUGCCCUGGACUACCUGGUGGAUGAGGCUGAGACUGACCACAACGUCAACGUCUUCAUGUGUGUCAGCAAGAUGAGGCAUAACAGGAUGAACAUGGUCCAGACACUGAAACAGUAUGAGUUCGUCCACGACGUUGUCCUGGAGGCCAUCAACAGUCGUGGGACACGGUACACGUCGUCGGAGUUUCAUCAAACAUUUGGUUCAGAGAACACGUUCUCCCCCCAGCAGGAAGCUGUACUCAGGAAACAGUUCCAGUUGCUCCGAGAACUAGCAUCUCCGCUGCCAGAACAUGAGACAUCGCAUGCCCUGGUGCCAGAGAAUUCAGCCAAAAACAGGAGUCGAGAUAUCCUCCCUGGAAACAAGUCAAGGGCCUUUCUGUGCACACCGGUCAAGAAGCGGAAUGACUAUAUCAAUGCCGUGAUUGUCCCACUGUUCCAGUGCUUCUCCCAACCGUCCACCAUGAUAGUCACCCAGACCCCUCUCCCAGACACUGUAGUCGACUUUUGGAGACUGGUGUACGACCAUCACCUCUUCACCAUUGUCUGUCUGGAUGACUUCCAGGAGACGGAGGGUGUGUAUCCUGCAGAGGCCAAAGGAUUAAAAACAGGGCCAUUCAGCAUUACUCACGUGGACAGUAGUUCACACAGGGAGGACUAUAGAGAGAGACACAUGAGCUUAAUCCACAACAAAGAGGACCUUAAGCAACCAGUCACCGUAUUCAGUCUGUGUUCAAUGGACACAAUGUCAAAUGCUGCCUCACUUCUGGAACUGGUCAACAAGACAGACACGAUCAUCAGUUCAUCUGACCACAAGCCGGUACUGCUUGUGCACUGCCGUGACGGCGCGAGCGCGAGCGGCGUCUUCUGCAGUGUCCUCAACAUCAUCAGCAGACUGAGGCUGGACGGGGACGUGGACAUCUUCCUCAUCAUCAGGGAACUACAGCGUGUUAGACCUCAGUUCAUACAAUCAUUCGACGAUUUCAAGCUAUGCUAUGAAGUGGUGAAGGAAUAUCAGCGUGCGUGCAAUAUCUACGAGAAUUUGUGACCAGAAACGUC